AUAUUGAAACUCUGAUAACAUUGCAUCAGAAUCAGACAAAUUAUCUGAUUUUGGUUCACAUAUAAAAUCAUUAAAUUGUGUUACUAUGUGGUAUCAAAAUAAAUGAAUACCACUCAAAUACCGGUGCCUUUAAUAGUAGGCCUUUCUGUACUGACCACCACUUCACUACUGUUUUAUUUGUAUAGAAAGACUCGACCAAAUUAUGAACAAGUUUGCAAAGUUAAGAAAUUAUUCAUAUAUCCUAUUAAAGCGGUUAAAGGAGUUGAAGUGAAUGAGCUCGAGAUCACUAAAUAUGGUGUCAAAUAUGGCACAUUUAAAGACAGAUCGUGGGCUCUAUUGAAUGAGUCAAACAACUGGAUUGGUAUCAAACACGAGCCCAGACUAGCCCUCACCCGCACCAGUAUUGUGGGCCACGAGCUAUGGGUUGACGCACCAGAUAUGCCGACUCUUAAACUUAGAUAUAUAGACAAACUUAAUAAUAAUCACAAUAUACUAUCGUUCAGAAUGUAUGGCCAACAGAUCAAAGGUCUAGUCUGUAGCGAUGAGUGCAACAAAUGGUUUCAAACAUUUUUAGGCAAACCAGGGGUACGUCUACUACAACAUCACGAGAGCUUUGAGUUCAGAGACACUAAUUCAGACAAACGCCGAAACGAUGACAAAGAGUUCCCAAUUAUAUACCAAAACAAAUCGGGUCUGCAUUUGAUUAACGAGAGUUCAAUCAGUCAUUUGAAUUCCCGGUUCUCUGAGGGCGCGGAUCACGUCUGUCACGAAAACUUCAGACCAAACGUAUUGGUCGACUACCCCCAGGCCUGGGCUGAGGACACGUGGAAAUGGAUGCGAAUCAAUGGCGUCAACUUCAUGAGACUACUGGCGUGCGACCGGUGCCCCUCCACUACUGUCAACCAGAAAACCGCUGUUAAAAAUAUGGAAACACUUGUGGCGUUAAAAAAGUUUCGGCCACCGGAAGGCAUAACGAAGAAAAAGGGUCUGGGUCCCAGUAUGGGUGUCAUAUUCGCUCAUUUAUCCAAUGCGGGCAAAGGAGUUGAAGUGAAUCAGCUCGAGAUCACUAAAUAUGGUGUCAAAUACGGGUCAUUUAGGGACAGAAUUAUGGGCCAAGAAUUAUGGGUUGACGGACCAGAUAUGCCAACACUUAAACUCAGAUACAUUGAUGAAAUCAAUGACAGUCACAACAUCAUCACAAUUGAUAUGAAGUAUACAACUAUGGCUACAUAUAGGGGAAAGAUUAAAGGAAUAGAUUGCGGUCCGGAAGCAAACCAAUGGUUUGAGACAUUUUUAGGCAGACCUGGAGUACGACUACUACAACAUCACCACAGCUUUGACUUCAGAAACAGCAAUACAUAUGAUCGUCGCAAUGAUGACAAAGACUAUCCAAUUAUAUAUCACAACAAAUCAAAUGUUCAUUUGAUUAACGAGAGCUCAAUCAGUGAUUUGAAUUCCCGAUUACCUGAGGGCUCGGAUCAGGUCUUUGACGAGAACUUCAGACCAAACGUUGUCGUCCAAUACACCGAGCCAUGGGUUGAAGACAAGUGGAAAUGGAUGCGAAUUAAUGGCGUAACCUUCUUGAGACUUAUUGCCUGCGAUCGGUGUAGUGUUACCACUGUUAACCAGAAAACCGGGGUGUUGACUCGAACCAGAAUUUUGGGUCAAGAAGUAUGGGUUGACGGACCGGAUAUGCCAACACUUAAACUCAGAUACAUAGAUGAAAUCAAUGACAGCCACAACAUCAUUUCAUUCAAUUUGUACGGACAGAGGAUCAAAGGAAUAGAUUGCGGUCCAGAAGUAAACCAAUGGUUUGAGACAUUCUUAAGCAGACCUGGAGUACGACUACUACAACAUCACCACAGCUUUGACUUCAGAGACUCGGAUACAUUCAAACGUCGCAACGAUGACAAAGACUAUCCAAUUAUAUACCAAAAUAAAUCGGGUUUACAUCUGAUUAACGAGAGCUCAAUCAGUGAUUUGAAUUCCCGAUUCCCUGAGGGCGAGGAUCAUGCCAUCGAUGAAAACUUCAGACCUAAUCUUGUGGUCGAAUACCGCGAGCCGUGGGCUGAAGACAAGUGGAAAUGGAUGCGAAUCAAUGGCGUAACUUUCUUAAGGCUUAUAGCCUGUGACCGGUGCCUCAAUACCGGUGUUAACCAGAAAACUGGAGUGGAAGUGAAUCAGCUCGAGAUUACUAAAUAUGGUGUCAAAUACGGAAUAUUUAAGGACAGGUUGCGAAUUAUGGGCAAACAAUUAUGGGUUGACGGACCAGAUAUGCCAACACUUAAACUCACAUACAUUGAGGAACUCAAUGACAAUCACAAAAUCAUUUCAUUCAAUUUGGACGGACAGGUGAUCAAAGGAAUAGAUUGCGGUCCGGAAGCAAACCAAUGGUUUGAGACAUUUAUAGGUAGACCUGGAGUACGAUUACUACAACAUCACCACAGUUUUGACUUCAGAGACUCAGAUUCAGGCAAACGUCGCAAUGAUGACAAAGACUUUCCAAUUAUAUAUCAAAACAGAUCCGGUUUACAUUUGGUUAACGAGAGUUCAGUCAAUGAUUUGAAUUCCCAAUUCCCAGAGGGCGAGGAUCAGGUCUUGUCCGACAAUUUCAGACCAACUGUUUUGGUCGAAUAUCCUGAGCCGUGGGCUGAAGACAAUUGGAAAUGGAUGCGAAUCAAUGGCGUCAACUUCUUAAUGCUCAUAUCCUGUGACCGCUGCCCCACUACAUGUGUUGAUCCAGAAACUGGUGCUAAAGUGGAAACUUUAAAAACUUUAAAAAAGUGA